CGUAGGAUCCCCUUGUCCACAAGCCGGUUUGGUAAACGGAUAGGUCAUUUUUAAAGAGCAAAUCCCAUUGAAAAAAAAGGGGCGGUGGUUGUGGGGCGGGAGGAAAAGCAUAGUGUUAAUUGUUUAACCUGCAGUAAAGCUAAUGGGGGAAUAGAAGGUUGUUACAGAUCCCAGGCAGAACAAAAAGGGAAUUACUGUGAUUUGCACUAGGGAGUGGUAUGUACCUGCUAGUCACAAGUCCCUAUCUGUGGGGGAUCUCUAAACGUGCAGAGUCUCAGGGUAUGUGGGUGUGGCUGUGUAUAUAACUUAUUUAUCUCUAUCUGUUCCUGUGUUUGCAAGUCCUGUUGGAUAAAUGUUUAAUUUCGUUUGCUGAAGUGGGUACAGUUGGCAUCACCAGCACAAGGGACAUUUGCAAAGAUCUGGAGUUCUUUGAUCCCUCUUUAAUGGGUACAAUGGUGCAGUUGGAUUUGGCUGCGUCAUAGACUCAUGUAGGGGGAUCUACUAAGUUGUUUUUUUUUUUCCAACUGGAUUUGGAUCAUGACUUCACUACAUUGAAGAUAAAAGCCAAAACCUCAAUUUAAAUGGAAAGUAGCACAGAUGUCAGCACUGACCCUCUAAUAAGAAAGGUCGAAGUGGAUUCUACUGGAGGUGCUGGUGUUAAUAUUCACGGGAUGUUCGGUGCUAAAGGUGUGGAGAACAUGGACACUACUGCAUUGCUGAAAUCUGGUGAUGCCCAUGGGGUGCCUAGUUUUAAAGAUUCCAGAAUGGUCAAGCUAAGGUUCUUGAGAAGGACAGCAGUGGACUCUGACCAAGAGGAACCAUCGGUUCUUGAUUUGGCAGCUUCUGUGCCCCAGAAAAAGGCUAUCCCUAUCUCAAGAGCAAGGAGGGCUAUUGCCAAGAGAGCGCAUGUUGUCAGUGACCAGGCAUCUGGUGCUGAGGUCUCGGAUCAAAAUGAUAGUCCCAUCAAGAGUCAAACGGUACCUGUGCUACCAGAACUACCCGGAGAACCAGAGAGGAAAGAAGAACCUGAAACUUCCAAAGAUCUUCCAAAGUCCAAAAAAGAAGAGGAAGAUGAAGAGGAGGAUGAUAUGAAGGCUGUCUCAACCUCACCAGAUGGCAGGUUCUUAAAGUUUGACAUUGAAAUUGGAAGGGGAUCAUUUAAGACGGUCUAUAAGGGCUUGGACACAGAAACAUGGGUUGAAGUUGCUUGGUGUGAGCUUCAGGACCGUAAACUGACAAAACAGGAAAGACAGAGGUUUAAAGAGGAAGCAGAAAUGUUAAAAGGUUUACAACAUCCGAAUAUUGUUCGAUUCUAUGACUUCUGGGAAUCCUGUCUCAAAGGGAAGAAAUGUAUUGUUCUUGUUACUGAGCUUAUGACCUCAGGGACAUUGAAAACAUACUUGAAGAGGUUUAAGGUAAUGAAGCCAAAGGUUCUGCGCAGCUGGUGCCGGCAAAUACUCAAAGGGUUGCAUUUCCUCCACACGCGGACUCCACCAAUCAUCCACAGGGACUUAAAAUGUGAUAACAUCUUUAUUACUGGCCCAACUGGAUCUGUGAAAAUAGGGGACCUUGGCUUGGCAACCUUAAAGAGAGCAUCAUUUGCAAAAAGUGUUAUAGGAACUCCAGAGUUUAUGGCCCCAGAAAUGUAUGAAGAGCAUUAUGAUGAGUCUGUAGAUGUCUAUGCAUUUGGAAUGUGCAUGCUCGAAAUGGCUACUUCUGAAUACCCAUACUCUGAAUGCCAAAAUGCAGCUCAGAUAUAUCGGAAAGUAACCAGUGGUGUGAAACCUGCAAGUUUUGAUAAAGUAUCUGAUCCAGAAAUAAAAGAAAUUAUUGGGGAGUGCAUAUGUAAGAAAAAAGAAGAAAGGUAUGAAAUUAAAGACCUUCUAGGCCAUGCUUUUUUUGCAGAAGACACAGGUGUGAGAGUAGAACUUGCAGAAGAAGACCAUGGUAGGAAAUCAACUAUUGCAUUAAGACUUUGGGUAGAAGAUCCUAAGAAAUUGAAAGGAAAACCCAAAGAUAAUGGAGCCAUUGAGUUUACAUUUGAUCUUGAAAAAGAAAGCCCUGAUGAUGUUGCUCAAGAAAUGGUUGAAUCUGGGUUCUUCCAUGAGCUUGAUAUGAAGAUUGUUGCCAAGUCAAUAAGAGAUAGAGUUGCAUUAAUCCAGUGGAGAAGGGAGAGGAUGUGUCCGGAGGACCAAGAGCGCGAGAGUUUGGAACAGCUGCUGGUACCACAAACCCCACCAGUCCCACUUGCCCACUCUUCCCAAAUAGUCCACCAUAUCCUGCCUGAUCCAGAAGAGCAGGAGACUGACCAGCAUACGUUUCACCCAAAGCUGCCUGCCAGCAUCACCUCUGUUGCAUCUGACAGCACAUUUGACAGUGGCCAAGGGUCGACUGUGUAUUCGGAUUCGCAGAGUAGCCAGCAAAGUGUGAUUUAUGCCUCUAUACCUGAUUCUAUACCCCCUGCUAUACAACGAGUCUACAGCCCUCCUAUACUUGAUGGACAGACUUUGCCACAAAGUCCACAGCACCAAAUUGCACAAUACCAGCAGGCACUUGCACCCGGGAUUGCAGUGGCACAAGGCACCCUCCCCUCUCUUGCUCAGCAUCACUACCAAGAACAAAGCUUACCCUUCUCAGGUGUGCAGCCAACGCCCAUACCCUCUGUGCCUUUUGGACAAUCACCACCACCUGUACUACCCACUCAGAUUCCAGCUGGUCCAGCCAUUUGCGCCAUACAACCUACCUCCCAUACUUUUUCACAGUACCAGCCCUCGCACCCUCCAGUGGGAACACCUCCGCUAAAUCCCUUACAGAUACAGAUAACAACUCUGCCACCGCAGCAGCACCCCCCUAUUGCUGCAUCUCAGCUCCCUUCGUAUCCUAUCAUUCCAGCAGUAACUCCUCUUUCAGGACUUGAGAAUCUCCCUGCAAAUCUCUCUGACAUGCCUGCUGUUUGUAUCACACCAUUGCCUGCUUCAUGCCCAUUUUACCCUCCUGGUAUAGUAAUGCCCAACCUCUCUGUGCCACCCACCAUACCCCCAUCUCAAUCAUUACAAGCUGUUAAUGCACCUCUGGUGUUGCCGUAUGAUAUGAAUAUAAUGGCAAAUAUGUCAGUGACUCCUGUAUCAUUGCUAGCUAUGGCAACAUCUUUAGGGCCAGCAUUGCCCACCCCUCAACCAUUGCCCCAGCUUGCCAAUCCGCAACCCUACCAGCCGCAACCCUAUCAGCAGAUGAUUCAGAGUGAUGUUGCUUCUGCACAUCAUUCUCAGAACGUUCAAGUAGUGGCGCAACAACCACUGCUGCCACCUCCGUCCCAUCACCAAAUCCAUCCUUCAGAGCAGGCUUCAUCUGCACCUGGUAAUCAGAUUUAUUCUAUGGAAAUGGGCGUGCCGGUUGCGGUAAUGCCAAUGGCGCCUUCAGUGAUGAUGUCCGCACCUGUUCAUUUUCAUUCUGAAAAACCUCAUUUACUACAAGCACAGGAACAAUUUUCACAAGCAUCUCUCAAACCUGCUGAUGCAGCCUUGCCCGAAACCGAAACGUCAUCCCUUCAUACCAGUUGUCAUCAGCCUGAUGUCUCCCAGCUUGUGAGUCAACAAAACCAGAAUCUAUAUCCAACAACUUCCCAUCCUGUUUUGGAAUCAAGUAAAGAGGAACAAGCCAUACAGGAUAUUCAGCUCGCUGCAACACAAAGCUGUGAUAGCUACGUGGGUUCAGAUGCUGCAUCUGGAAAAGAGAUGAGUGAUGGUAAUGAAGGCAUCCAAGGUAGUGGGAAGCUAGAGGGAAAACCCUCAAAGAAACACCACCGAAGAUCUUCACGUACGCGAUCGCGCCAAGAGAAAGCCAAUAGACCUAAACUGACUAUUCUCAAUGUGUGUAAUACUGGGGAUAAAAUGGUAGAGUGCCAACUGGAAACACACAACCAUAAAAUGGUGACGUUCAAGUUUGACUUGGAUGGUGAUGCACCAGAUGAGAUUGCUACUUACAUGGUGGAUAAUGAAUUUAUAUUGCAAACGGAAAAAGAGAUUUUUAUCGAGCAAAUGAAAGAUGUUAUAGAUAAAGCUGAGGAUCUGCUAAGUGAAGAUACAGAAGGGGAGAGGAGUUCAGACCAAGGUGGAAGCCCACAGAAAGCAGAUUCUUUUAGGGUGGAAAUGGAGGAGAACAACCAGAGCCAAGUGAAGACACCAGUUUACCAACAAAAUGUGUUACACACUGGAAAACGCUGGUUUAUAAUAUGCCCAGUUGCAGAAAGUCCCAGUGCAGCAGUAAAUACAGUGCCACCAACGUCUCUGACAGCGCCGCAGCAGAUUGAUACUAAAGAUAAAAUUGAGCCUGAAGAUAAUCAGCAAGUGGGUUCUGCAGAAGUGGAUAAAUCUGAUCUUUCAGUUGGCCAAGCCAAUUUGGCCGAUAGUUAUGACACUACCACAAUUCCAGCUUCUAUGACACAGUCAUCGUCGACAAUCUCCUCGUUUGAUAUACAGACUCAAACUGAAUUUUCUAUAUCAACUCUACCAGAAUCUCUCUCAUUCUCUCUCGUAGAGAAUGUGAAUGUUGUUGGAUCAACCGUUUUACAAACUGUUUUGGAGGUAGACCUUAAUGCUGCAGAAAUCGAUGCUCCUUUACAAGUGUCAUCUUGUGAAUCUCCAACACCUAUAAGAACAGAAUCUAUAUUGAAGCAAGUAGAGAGUGUUUGUAAUUCACCUUUGGCUUCCAUAUCUUGCAUCCCAAGCUUAACUGAAACCUUGAAACCUGAAGAUGUUUCGAAGAUAGGUCUACCACUCAAUAUUUCUCAGGAAAAGGUUCUAGAACUCCAGUCUGAGCAGAAUGAGUUAUAUGAAUCUGAUAUUAGUCCAGUUAUAUCGAAUGAAGUGUUGCAAAAUAUGUGUUUGAAUACCUUAGACAUUCAGUCAAAUGCGGUUCAAGGUGCAACAACAACAACCUCUCAACCAGGUCUUCAAAAUCAGACUCAGUCUUUAAGUUUAUCAGCUGGGAAUUCGAAUCUACAGCAGUCCAGCAUAACAGAAUCUGAUGGCGAAGGUCCACCCAGAGUUGAGUUUUCUUGUGAUACUAUUAAAAGCUUGGAUGAAAAACUACGUACGUUGUUGUACCAGGAGUAUACUACUCCUAACCAGCCUGCAGGGACACCUGAAAACUCAUUUGGUCUAGGAAAUGCAGGGGAUGGUUUCCACCUUCAACUGGAAAAUGGUGAAAUUAACCCAGACUGCAAACAUAUCUUCAAGUCUUUCUCUGCUCCAGGAGACCAAACAUUUUCAAAUGAUCUAAUUGGUAGUAACGAGGAAUCAAGUGUUCAUGACUUGCAAAACCAAAAAGGUCAAACCAAGUUACCAGCACAUUUAAAAAGGAGAGAUUCUUGUGAUGCAACAUCCAAAGAAAGAAGGACUGAUUGUGUCUCUCCAAAAUCUAAAACGGAAGGUUCUGAAAUGUCCCCUAAAACAAUUGGCAGAUUCUCAGUAAUAAGCACAGAAGAUGAUGCAACAGUUAUGUUACCAAAUUAUCAAAGGUUUUCAGCACCUCCUGAUGUUUACCUGGACCAGAUUCCUUCUCAGCCCGUAAGGACCUCUGUUCCGCGUGCCCAUACCUCAUCACCUAUAAACUCUCUUUUCUGUGGGCAUGUUUCCAGUGAUUCUGGUGAUGAAGUUCCUCUCUCUAAGUCCAAAGAUGGUCAACCAUCAACACCAAGCAGAGGAGGCACUACGGACUUUAUGAAAAAAGCAGCGGCCUUCUUGCAUCGAUCAGGAAAAAUUAGCACACACAGUCCGGAAUCUUCCAGUUGCCAACCAAUGAAAAUCCCUUCAAUCAAUGUCACGUCUUUUCACUCGCAGUCUUCAUAUGUGAGCAGUGAUAAUGACUCGGAGAUUGAAGAUUCAGAUAUCAAGAAAGAAUUACAGAGUCUUCGGGAAAAGCACAUGAAAGAGAUCACAGAACUGCAAGUUCAGCAGAGAAGGGAGAUAGAAGCUCUUUACAUAAGGCUGGGAAAACCUCUCCCUCCGAACGUGGGAUUCCUCCACGCAGCUCCACCAAGUGGUCGCAGAAGGAGAAUCAGCAAAAAUAAACUAAAAACUGGAAAACUGAUCAACCCACUAGUGCAGCAAUUAAAAAGUGAGACCAUUACAAGUAACAUUUCUACAGAUUGCAAUGGAUUUUCUACCAAAGAUGCGGUUAAACCUCAAACUGACUCUAGCGGCAAAAUUGCUGGCACUUAUUUAAGCACUUCUCCGAAUCGGGCUGUACAGACACAGCAACCUUGUUCAGUGAAAGUCACAAUGUCAUCAGAUAAUAUCUGUUCUGGGGUUGUCCGUGAAGGCGGUGAUGGUGUUUCUGGCCAAGGCUGGACGGUUUACCACCAAUCAUCAGAGCGCGUGACCUAUAAAUCUAGUAGCAAACCUCGUACCAGAUUCCUCAGUGGACCUGUGUCUUUGUCCAUCUGGUCCACUUUAAAACGGCUUUGUCUAGGGAAAGACCACAGUAGUAGAUCGUCAACGAGUAGCCUUGCGACAGGCCCCGAUCCUUCACCUGUGCCCCCGGGAUCCACGCCACAAAUACAGGCGCAGACGAACAACAGCAACAAUAAAAAAGGAACGUUUACAGAAGACUUUCACAAGCUUGUGGAUGAGUGGGCGAGCAAAACCGUAGGCGCAGCACAGUUUAAGCCUUCUUUAAACCAGCUUAAGCAGUACCAGCAAAGGCAAGAUAUGGAAAGAAAGUCUGCACAGAAUGGAAGUGAAGAGAAUCUCAUAACUCCCAAUGCAGGAAUACAUUUUGGUUUCUCCAAUUCUUGUCCAGCGCCUUCUUCCUCAACACAUGCCAUCUCUUCCAAUAACCCUGCACAUUCGUACACAAUGCCCCUUUGUCAGUAUGGGAGUGCGUUCACUGCACCAGCGUAUGGAAAUCAGUGGGCAAGCGCAUUGCAACCUGGUAUGGUGGGAGGUCAGAUCACUGCUCCAGUAUCAUCUACAAACACCUUCCCCAUUCAACUUCCUCAACCAGUUCUCAAUCAAUCUCAAUCUAAUAUGAGGAUCACGUAGCUUUCUUCUCUGAACUUACAUUUUAUCAGUGUUUUUGAGCCCAUCAGUUUCAUGGUGUUUUUAAAGCAGUACGGCACAAGUAUACUGCAGACCUCCUCAGCACUGCUAAUGAUGUAUGGUUUUUGCUGCUGGCAUCCAGUCCGAGCCUACAAAUGCACCUAGCCAUACACUGAAUCAUGCAAUCACUGUGAAAGUCUUCAAAGCCUAGCUAGUUUUGUCACGACAAUAUAUGCUCAUUACUCAUUGCUGCAGGCACUUGUUUCGCAGUUUUACACAAUCUGAAAUGUAACGUACUUGAACUGAUAUAUGAGGAAUUGUUACUAAUCUUGUGGUUUAGUGCCUUGAAACAUUGCUUUUCAGUGCAUCUGAAAAGACCUGUAAAAAGAAAAAAAACAAAAAUAUAUUUGUUUAGAAAGCAGAUUUUAUUUUCAAAUCCACAUUUUUAUUUUCAAAUCCACAUUUUUAUUUUUUGUUUUCUUCUUUUUUCUUCCUUUUAACCUUAAUCGCAAAACUGAGGGUGUAGUUGCUGGUUUGUUUUGUUUAUGGCUUUUUAUAUUUUCUAACUCCCACCAGGAAAUCUCAAACAGAGGGGUAGAAAGAAUACUGUUUUUAGAAUUUCACAUGACUGGUUUAAGGCUAUUUAUUGCAAUGUGUAAGCCCACUAAUAUCCAUGCAAUAAAGUAGACAUACAUUUUUGGGAACGGUGGCUACCAAUUAAGGGCAGGCAAUUCAUAGCUAUAAAUUAUUAUUUUUUUGCUAAAAUAUUGUUGCUGGCCAUCAGUAUUCUUGCUUUUUCAACCAAAGGUUUUCAAGCAGCUUCUCAAGGAUAAUUAAAAAAAAAUAUAGUAAUAUAUAUGUUUUCUUAUCCUUAUCCAUGCUGUCAGCUGUGUGUUAAAUAUAAUUUAUGGAUAAUAAAAUGCAAUUUAAUAAAGA